UCAGCUGUUCCAGACUUCCAGUGUUGAAGAGCCCUAGGUUAGGGUUUCGGAACUACCUCUUAAACCAAGGAAGGAGUAGUUGGUGCUCAAAACGUUGUGGAUUUAUCUUUUGCUGGAUUUGAUGUGAAUAUUGCAGAGCUAAAGUUCACGGCUAUUUUCUUCAUAUUCAAUCAAAGGUCUAACAGAAACAUAAACGACAAUGCAAGUCGAAAGUGCUCUUUCGGUGGUUGGUCCAAAGCCAACAGAGUUGUCAACUUUCACACACAGCUUUGGCCCACCUGGUUCAGGACCCAAUGGGAAACAGCGGACAUCAAGCUUAGAAGCGCCUAUAAUGUUACUGGCUGGGCAUCAAAGUGCAGUCUACUCAAUGAAGUUUAAUCCUGCUGGGACUGUCAUUGCAUCUGGUUCACAUGACAGGGAUAUCUUUUUGUGGAAUGUGCACGGUGACUGCAAAAAUUUUAUGGUCUUGAGAGGGCACAAGAAUGCUGUCUUGGAUGUUCAGUGGAAUACUGAUGGUUCGCAGAUAAUAUCAACAAGCCCUGAUAAAACUUUAAGGGCAUGGGAUGUUGAGACUGGGAAACAGAUUAAGAAGAUGGUCGGGCACUUGUUUGUUGUGAACUCGUGUUGCCCUGCUCGGAGGGGCCCUCCUCUUAUCGUCAGCGGAUCGGAUGAUGGAACUGCAAAACUUUGGGAUAUGCGUCAAAGGGGUUCCAUUCAGAGUUUCCCAGACAAAUACCAGAUCACAGCAGUCAGUUUUUCUGAUGCAUCUGAUAAGAUUUACACUGGUGGCAUCGACAAUGAUGUCAAGGUGUGGGAUUUACGAAGAACUGAUCCUGUUAUGAAGCUUCAAGGACAUCAUGAUAUGAUCACUGGUUUGCAGCUGAGUCCAGAUGGGUCUUACCUUCUAACAAACAGCAUGGAUUGCUCCCUUCGAAUAUGGGAUAUGCGGCCAUAUGCCCCCCAGAAUCGCUGCGUGAAGAUUCUUGAAGGUCAUCAACACAAUUUUGAGAAGAACCUGCUGAGGUGUAGCUGGUCACCUGAUGGAAGCAAAGUUACUGCUGGUAGUAGCGACUGCAUGGUCUACGUAUGGGACACUACUUCAAGACGCAUACUGUACAAGCUCCCUGGCCAUACUGGGUCAGUGAAUGAAUGCGUCUUUCAUCCCAAUGAACCGAUAAUCGGGUCUUGCAGCAGCGACAAGCAGAUAUAUCUUGGUGAAAUUUAGUUCUCUUAUCCAACGUCGAUCCUGUAUGGUUGAGAAGUGAAACUCUUAAUUGUAGGAUUACUGUCUGUUUGGUUUCUGUGGUUAUGUGCUUUGUAGAAGAGAUUGAGUUACGCCAUGCCAAAUUUUACGAAUCUCUUUUUAACAUGUAUCAAUUUGCCGAUGAUCAAAAUAACUGUGCCUUACUUCUAUUGAUUCUGAUGUAUCAUCUCGAUGUUAGUUGAACAGUUCUUCAUUUAUUUCAAAUCGUUCAAGUGUAA